CCCACCAAAACCCGCCCCGGCGCCACCCUCCCCGGCCAGCGAAACCGACUCCCGCAGUCCCGCUCCUCCCUCCCUCCUCCGCUCCUCCACCCUCUCUCGGCCUCGUCGCGGACGCCUCCGCCGGCUGCUCGCCUCUCCUCCGAGGCCCUCUCCCUCCCCGUCUCCUGGCGACAGGCGUGAUGGUAGAGAAGAGGGAGAGGGCGGAGGAGGCGUCCGAGAGCUCGCAGAAAUCCCCGCGCCUGGACCCGCUGGCUGCGGCUGGUUCUGGAUGCAGCGACGCGCCAGCGUCGCCGACGGAGUCGAGCGAGUGGCCAUCGGCCGGGGAAGCGGAGGCGGGGACCAGCAGCGACAGUACCGGCGACAGCGACCUCCUGCUUAGGGCCGUGUAUGAUCUCACCGAGCAGCGGGCGGUGAGACGGACUUGCCUUCUGCCUAAGUGCAAGACGACCUGGAAUGGCGACGAAGGGAUGAUGAAGUGCAUAGACUGCUCCAAGUUCUUUUGCUCUGGGUGGUCGGUGGAGAGGGAAAGUCCGCAGGGACAUGCGAUGAACCGAAUUUGGGAUACUGCUUCUUGUGUGCACGCCUUAUGAGGCUCACUGACUGGACCAAAGAUGGCUAUCGAGUGGCGGCCAGAAAGGAAAAGGAUCAGCAAGGGCUGGGGGAUAGCGUUGCAAAGGAUGGCUGGGGAACGGGGUCCGGCAUUGCAAAGGGCGAGUGGGAACCAGAGACUAGCUAUUCAAAGGAUGAGUCCGCCAUGGAGCCAGCUAGCCUUGCAAAUGAUCUAUGUGCCACCGCUAGAAAGGAUGACUGGCAAAGGGUGCCCAGCAUUGCAAUGGACGAUGAUGCGUCUGGGUAUGCUAAUGGCGAUGGUUACGUUAUCAGAGGGAUACCGAACCUUGGGCAAACAUGUUACAUGAAUGCAACGCUGCAGUGCCUCCUUGCCCUUGGUAAGCUGAGGACAAUGAUUCAAAGUCCGGCUGCUCAUUUGGGGAGCAUUGGUCUGCACCUGCAGCAGUUUUUCCAAGAGACACUUGUGAAUGAUGCCAGACACACGCUGAACCCACAGAUGAUACUGCAAGCUAUGCAUGAGCAUUAUCCGAAUCGGUUCUUGGUCUGGAAUAUGGAAGACAGCCAUGAGUUCCUUAUGUCUUUAUUCAAUGCUGUGGAUGCGGAGGUGGAGCAGCAAAACAGAAUGCAUGUCUUGAAAGGGGGUGAAGUAUUCCCUACACUUAACGUUUCUCUUUUCAGAGGCCAGCUGUUCGAGACAACGUCCUGCCAAAGAUGCUGGUAUAAUGAUACUAAAACCGUUGAUUUCGGUGAACUCUAUUUGUCACUUCCAGAGAAGGAUCCUCCAGCCAGAAGCGUUGCAUCAACACCAAGGAACAAAAGCCACGGAUCUCAAACUGACAAGAGUGAUGGGGAUAAUAAGAUGCAAACAGCUGCUCCAGGCAGCACUUCUCAGUUUCCCGGUUCAGGAUUGGGAAAUGGGGCAAUGGAGAAAACCCCCAGGCCUUUGCAAGUUGAUUCUAGCGAAGUGAAGGAUGUUGUACACAGUCAUAUGCAGACUCAGAAGAAUGAUGUCCCAAUAGAAAUUUUGGAUUUCAUUCCUGACUUAUUUGAUGACACUGAAAGAAUGGAGGAAGCAACAACAGAUUCUCGGAAUCCAGAAGAUAAGGAGACGACUUACUCAGUAAAAGUUACUGCCAAAGAUAAGGGGGAAGCUCAGAGCAGUGAUAUUGUUAAUGAUGAGGCCAAACAUAUGAACUCUCUUGGGUCGAUUGAGGACUGCCUGGAACUGUUUGCCCAUCGAGUGAAGGAACGUUGUGAGAACUGUUCCAAGGUUGCUGAACAGAUCAUGGCAAGCACCAAUAUAAAUACGACUGUUGAUGGAGAUCAGACUGAGCUGUCAGGUAGGAAAACAUGCCCAAGUGAGCGAUCUAGUGACUGUAAUAACUUGUCCGUAGAAUCUCCAAGAAGGAAACCAUAUCAUUCAGAUGUACAUGAUCAAGUUAUACUCUCUGAAAACAUAACUACUGAAGAAAUCACUUCAGGGACGAGCUGUGGUGAAAAAGGUGAAAUUGAUCAAGGUGUACAAGAAGCUGGGCUUCCAACUGAUAAACAGACUGACCUGUUCAGUGCCCAGGAUAGUCCGGAUACCAGCACUCAAAAUCAGGCUUGUGCGAAGCAGGCAAUGCUGGAUGAUCAUACUGCCCAAAAAAUGGAGGAAAACCAAAAUGAGCAGAAAGAUGGCAACGGUUGUGCAAUUCAAACACAGUUGAUUAACAAGUUACCACCUGUAUUGAUUAUUCCAUUUAAGAGAUACAGAAAUGAUCUGUCUAAACUGAGAGGACGUGUGAGCUUUAAGGAGAUUCUUCAUCUUGGACCAUUCAUGGACCCCAGUUCCGAGGAGAAAGACAAUUCCAGGUACCGUCUAGUUGGUGUCAUUGAGCACCGUGGUGACAACUUGCAUACAGGGCAUUAUGUUGCUUAUGUGCGGGGGGCAGGUCUCAAGCAUCGGAGCAGUGGUUCUUCCUCAUGGAUUUGCGCAGAUGACCGCAACAUCAAGGAAAUCUCCAUAGAACAAGUUGUCAGGUGUGAGGCGUACAUUCUUUUCUACGAGAGGAUAGAGGAGGGUGAGACAAGAGACAAGGAGGUGGAUGACAUGGUGGAAGACAAGGACGAAGGUGACAGACCCUUCCUCACCGAGGGACCCAGCGAGCUCUGUGAUGAUUUGCUUCUCAAUAUAUUCUCCCGACUUGAACACCGAACAGCCAUCCGUGUGUCGUCAUUGAGCCGUCACUGGAACAGAGAGUGGGACAUUCAUUUGCAGUCAAAUAGUUACUAUGUUGGUGAGAAUUCCUUUCUUCCAUGUGAGAUGCUACAAAUGCUGGAAAGCCAAGAAGCCAAUGGGAAUCGGUUAGACAUUCUAUGUCUUGUGAUUGAAUCAAAGGAUAUGUCUGAGAAGCUGUUCAGGCGAUGCCUCGAAUGCAUUGCUCGUUCUGGAAUCAAGGAUCUAUAUCUUGAGCGUCGGCCACCAUGCUUGGCUUUACGGUUCAGUUUCCCAAGAGCAAGCAAGCAGCUUGUGCGCCUGUCUCUUCGAGGAUUAACCCUGGCAAACUCUUCAAGAUAUUUCAAGAGAUGCAAGGACUUCUGUGAAUUGGUUGCUAUCAAACUGUGGGGCGUUACAGUAAGUGACUGGACAUUGAGAAAUUUUUUAGCCAAGUGUCCGGCUCUGCGAGUGCUAGAGCUGGGUUAUUGCCAUCACCUUGAGCGCAUAAGUGAUUCUGUUUCUGGACUCAAACUCCUUAACAUAACUGUGGUGGAGUGUAGUGGUGUUGAUUCAAUUUACCUGCGAUUGGUUCCAGAUCUUCUGUCGGUUUCUUUCAGUGGAUGUUACCUCACCAGUUUGUACUUUCCGCCAGAUGCAGAAAUCAGCAAGCUCUACUUCUGCUAUACAAGGACCGGAGACCAAUUAUGCUCCCAAGGAUUGUUAUCAAACAUGUUCAGCAAGUGCACCCUGAACUCCACUGCCUUGAGUACUCUAACCAUCUGCAGCAAUAGUCUGAAGGUGGUGACUUGCUUGAGCGAACCGCACAAAAUGGCUAUAGACUGGUCUUUCCAGAAUGUCCGAGAACUUCAAAUCGUGAUGUUUGAACAGAGUCGGGACAAUCUUGCGUCCUUUACUUACCUCCUGCAAAAUGGGCAAUUCGAUAUGCUUCAGAGACUUUUUGUGGAGCUCCCAGCAAAGAGAGGUGUAACUCCAUCGCAGCUUGGCAGUCAUGUGGUAGUGUCAGAGCGUGUCCUACAUAAACUCAAACUGAUCAAACUGACCAAUUUCUCCUGGAAUGAAGCCGAGAUAUAUUUGCUGCUUCUGCUUUUAAAGAUAUCUUCUUCACUGGACAAGAUAGUUGUAGUGUUUUCUGCUGGAAGCACAGAGGAGCAAGACCAGCACAGCCUGCCCUGGUUGCAUGACUCUGACAUUGAGCUAAUCAUAAGCCUUUUGGAUAGUGGGAAGUUAAUCCUGAAAAAAUCACCUUGAUUAUGAUUAUAUAAAGCAUGGAGGAUCAGGACUUAUCUUUCCCGUGGCAGCCCAUGGGGAGAUCUACCGGCAGCCCUGAUGCAUGCAUGCCUGGUAUUCUACCCACCAAUCAAUCAGAAGGGUCCUGACAAAAGAAGCAGAAGGGUGAGAUUAGAAAGCAUUGUUUUGAUGCCAAGUGUACCAUUGCGCUUGCAGUAGGCAGUAGUUUGUUGCGUAGUCAGCUGGAGAGAACCAUUUUUUCUGUUCAUUGAACAGAGUAAUUUUUGUCAGAACGACAUUGGAUAGGUUGGACACUGAAUACCCUACCUUUUUGUUAGAACAACAUUGUAUAGGUAGGAGAACAGUGAAUACUUUUUGUGAUGGGCAGCAUUCUGCGAUUAGAUAUA